AAGCAAGAACGGGCAGUUUGAGGAGGGUGGUUUCUGCGGUGGAGGAGAAGCCGGUGGGAAGACGAGCGACUGGUUGGGAGUUCAGAGGCUCGAUUUGAUUGAACGGUGAGGCGCUACACCCAGCCGCUACAUCGGAACAAAGCGGAGCGCCGAGGAAAAGCCCCGCCGCCCGACAUGAAAGAGAGACGGUGAAGUGGGAGAGAGACAGCUGGGUGGUGCUAUGGGAUGGAUGAAGUGGAGCAGGAGAAGUACGUGUCCCAGCUGAAGGAUGUGUUUGACAGCUGCGAUGCCACGGGGACGGGAUACCUGGAUCAGGAGGAGUUGACUGAACUCUGCCAAAAGCUUCACUUGGAAGCCCAGAUCCCCCUCCUUCUGCAAAUACUUCGGGGCAGCAAACUCGAUGCCAAGGUGAACUUUGAGGAGUUUAAGGAAGGUUUUGUUGCCGUGUUGUCUACCGGUAUCGACCACAGUACCUCAGAAGAUGAGAGCAGUUGCUUAGAACCGGCAGUUGUGGAGGAGGUUCAGCCAAAGUAUGUCAGGGGAUCAAAACGAUAUGGACGCCGAUCCUUGCCUGAACUCCUCGAUUCCGAGAUCGAAACUACAGAUGAUUUGGAGGAGCCACUUCACUUUAAGGCUGAACCCCUUGUGCAAAACACCAAGAGAAGUCAGUUGAGACGCUCAGCAUCUCUUGAAAGUGUAGAGAGUCUCAAGUCCGAUGAAGAGCUUGAAAGCCAUCAAGAGCCUCAGCACGAGACCUUCGAAGCAUUGGGUCAGCUGAGCCGAUGCGAUCCCAAUGGCUUUGACAGUCCCCAAAGGUCGUCCACUCCGUGCCCUGAAACCACAGAGGACCAUGUGCAAGCUGUGUGGGAGGACCUGGGUGUGGGCAAGAACGGCUACCUUCACCGAGAGGAACUGGUGAUAGUCUGCAAAAACAUUGGUCUGAAGGACCUCAAAGACCAAGACAUUGACAGUCUUUUCAGAAAGCUGGACAAAGACGGUGAUGACAAAGUGAGUCGCAGUGAAUUUCUGCAUGGCCUGUUUCGGCACGGACCCCCAGUUUCGACUCCCCGCAGCAGGAGAUACCAUCGAGCCCACAGCCAGGGUCCUGAUGGGAACAGACACAGAGCUGCAACUCCAUCUUUAAUAUCAACUACGAUGUGUUCACAGUUGUUUUCUGCUCUCGAUGAUGGCACUGGUUAUGCAUCACCUGAACAAAUCAUUAACAUGUGGCAGGAAAAUGGGAUUAAAAACAGUCACGAGAUAUUACAGACCUUGGAUUUCACUGUGGAGGAGAAAGUGAAUCUUGCAGAACUCACUAAUGCGCUGGAGAACGAGUUAAUGUCCAGCAGAAAUAGGACGCACUUGGCUGCGUUAACCUGCUACAGGAGUGAAAUCGACCAUCUCCAGGGGCAGAUCCAGCAGAUGUAUAAGGAAAGAGACAAGUUGAGAAUGGACUUUGAUCGAGCGGAGAAGCGAAAUGAGCAGCUGGCCAAAGAGGUCGAUGAUCGAUAUGCCACCUUUGAGCUGCUGAAUGAGACUAAACUCAAGCACUUGGACCAGGGGUACAAGGAGAGGAUGGCAGCAGCCAAGGUUCAGAUGGAUAAGGCUCGGGAGCUGAUUGUACAGCAGAUGAACAUGCAGAAAGCAGGACUGGAGCAGGAGCUGGACUCCCUCCGAUCGGAUGAGAUCUCUUCCAGGGAGAAGCUGAGCCUGGCAAUGAAGGAGAGUGCACGGCUGCAGAAGGAACUGACGGAAACGGUGGAGAAGUUGGCUGAGUCUGAGAAGUUAGUCAGCAGGUUGCAGAAGGACCUUGACUACAUGCUGAGAGAAAAAUUUGGAGCCCUGGAUCAUCCGAACUUGGAGCUCUCGGGACAGGAGCAGCGUUUUACGGAGAUUAUCGUGGCAUAUGAGCAACAGUGCAGGGAGCUACGUGACCACAAUGACGAGCUGAGGUCUGAAGUGGAGGCGCUCUGCUCCCAGCUGCACGUCAGGAAGCGCCGCUACUCGGGCAGUGACAAUAAGGAUUUGCCGGAAGACCAGUGUGCCAACCUGAGCAUUGAAGCAGAGAUUGCAAUCGAGCAACAGAAGAGGCAACACCUGCAGGAAGUGCAAGACCUUGAGAUGCAAUGGGAAGCAAAGGUAAAUUAUUAUGAGCAAGAAAUUGAAGUGAUGAAGAGGAACUUUGAGAAGGAGAGGAAACACACAGAAGAAAGCUUUAAGGCUGAGAUCAGUGAACUGGAGGAGAAACGAAUGAGAAGAAGCCAGGAGACGGAGCGACUCCGGGGUUUAGUAGAAGAGCUCCACAAUCAACGGGAAGGGGCGGAAGCCAGGCACACCCAGGCAGUUGCCGAGCUGCGGAGGGAACAGAAAGCUGCCGAAGCAGCCCUGCGGGCGGAGCUGAGGGAGAGGCAGGAAGAGAUCGCCGAGCUCAGGAAGGAUGGAGAGACGUCCGGAGCGAAGCUGGCACUGCAGAGGCAGGAACUGGAAGAGGCUUUUGAGCGGGAGAGGGCCGAUCAGCGGCAGGCCUUCGCCAGCGAGAGGCUAGAGACGGAGCAGCGGCUGCUGAAGGAGAAGCUGAGGCUGGAGCUCCAGCACCAGGAGGAGCUGCAGCAACUGAGGAAGGCAACACAGGAUGAAUUUAACGAGAGGUUAUCACUUUUGGAGGUCGAGCAUAUUGCUUUGACAGAAAAGAGUCAGUCUGGGCUGAUCCAGAAGCACAAGCUGGAGAUGAGGGAGCUGGUGAAGCAGUGUCAGAGGGUUGCCCAAGUUCAGGCCGUAUGCCACGAGGCCAGCAAGGAGGAGCUGAAACUGCGGCAGGAACACGGCGCGAUUCGCAGCACGUUUGCAACAGAAAUGGAGGAGACUGAAAGCUCAAAGGCACAAGUGAAAGGACCACAGCCCGUGAAUGGUUCUGGAGAUCAAACCCAUCGGGACAACCCGAGCUGUUGCCAAGGCGUCCGUGCCCUGCCCUCGAGCAACGAGGAGAGGAUGAGGAGAGAAGCGGAGACACUAGGCCGGCAGCAGGAGAGAGAUGAGCUGGAAUUAAAGCUGAAACAAGUAACAGAAGAAUCUGAGAGGAAAGAGGAGUUACUUGAAAACAAGAUAAGGGACCUGCAAACCUUGGUGACUAAACUGGAGGCAGGGAAAAAAGCCGAGCAGAAGUACAGAUAUGAGUCUGAAAUGCUUGCUGAAGAAAACUCUUCCUUGAAAAGGAAAGUAGCAGCGUUUCAUCAGGAUUUUCGGGAUCUGGAAGGAAAAGUUAACGAACACAGAAAACAAGUGGCUUGGUUGAAAGACGAAAGGGAGUGCAGGCAAAGGGAAGUCGAGGAACUUCAAAAGCAGAUUAAACAACAAGUGACGGAGAUUGCCGAACUCAGUAACACAAACCUGCAUCUGAGCAACCAGAACUCCCAGUUGAGUGUCAGGGUGGAUGCCGGCCAGAGCACCAUCCAGCUGCUCAAUGCAAGAAUAGCUGAGCUUGGGGAGCAGAAGGACGAGGUGGCCAAGGUUUCCAGACAACUGCAGGAGGCCUGCAACACCGUGGAAAGGGAAUAUGUCCAGCAGCGGUCUGUUUGGGAAACCGAGAGAAGCCUCAUGCAAAAGCAACUACAAAUGUCUCAGGAGAAGAUAAAGAACCUGGAAUUGAGUUUGGACCGAACACAUUCUGAGGCUGACCAUCUGAACCUUGAGCUCGAAGGAAAACAGAGGGAUAAUGUGUCACUGGCCCAGGAGGUGGCAUCUGUUACAGAAUCACUGCAGCAAGCAAAGGACAAGGUCAGUCAAAUGCAUGUAUUGGAGACUGAACUGGAGUCGGCUGUGAAGGAACAUCAGACUUUGCAAAACAAACAAUUGAAAUUGGAGGCUAGCUUGAUGGAGUCUCAGGAACAGUUGUUAGAAGCCAACACCAAACUAAUGCAAACCCAGUCACAACACUUGCAGGAAGUACGAGCCUUAAAGGAGCAAGUCAACAGUCUGGUGCAACUGCAAAUGAAGGUAGCAGAUGGCGAGCAGAGGGAGCAGCGUCUUCAGCAGCAGCUCGACAUCCAGCGUCAGGAAGCCCACAAUCUGAUGCGUGAACAGCAGGAGGAAUAUGAGAGACUGCUGAAGCAAAUGGAAGGAAGGAUAGAAGAGGUGGAAAAGAAACUAAAAAAUAUACGAAUGACACUUCAGGAGAAAAUGAAACAGCUUAAGGAACAGUUUGCCAAGAACACCAAGUCUGACCUGUUACUGAAGGACCUGUAUGUGGAGAAUGCACAAUUGAUGAAAGCACUGCAGAUUACAGAGCAGCGACAGAAGAGUGCUGAAAGGAAGACUCAGUUGCUGGAUGAAAAAAUUGGAGCUUUGAACAGUCUGCUGAGGAAAAUUGCUCUAGCCUCCCUCUCCUAACUCUGAAUGUUUCCACUCCAAAGGCAUUUUUCAAAAAAAUGACACCUUCAGCACUUUAGAGAUUCGACCUGAUGUGGAAUCAAAGUAACUCAACAAAAACUGUUGGUACAUCCUCGGAGAACUUGCAAUGCUCACGAGCGCAAGUUUAUUAAAAACUGUUUGCUCUUCCCUGUCCACCUUGUAGAUACUCAAAGAGAAACCAAAAAAGAUUAAUACAGGGAAUAGGAGAAGGAAGAAAAAAGUUUUCCUUCUACCAGCAGACUUAUUAAGAGAAUGUCCCUGCUGGCAGGGACAGCUGAACAUGACUGCUAAACAAUUAGUGGCUGUAGUCAUGACCCAACCACUUCCCUGCUACCAAAUAUCCAUCUGCCUGGCAAGACUCAUCCUUGCCCUCAAUAGCUACUUUUGAUUCCUCCCACUUCUAUAGAUGAACAGACUGGCUAUGGGUAUUUGCAGUCUUUUAAGUGGCUUCUUUUGACAGUUCUUGUUCGAUAAAAUUCUGGCACCUCUCUCCAGCUUUCUUGAUUACAUUGACGACAUCAGUGUUAUUUCUUGCACUUAUGUGGAACUUGCCACUUUCAUCACCUUUGUCACCAGUUUCCACCUGCCCUCAAAUGCUCUAGGAUUAUCUCCAAUGCAUCUCUUCCAUUUCUUGGAUUGCACCCAGCCCCAUCUCCCUCUCAGGGAUGACUCAGCAGCUUCCACAGCGACUGCAACUCUACCUCCCAUCUCCUGGUCCUCAGUUCUCCAGCAUUCCUGUUCAAACUGAAAAUUUGCAAAGAAUGGCCUAUUGUUUUAAAGAGCUAGAAAAUGCCAGGAUGUUGGGAGAGAAAUUGCCAGCCUUAUUUCCUGUACAGGCAGCUGAAGUGACACAAUUCAGAGUUUUCCUGUAACAUUUGAAACUAAUAGUCUUUUAUGUUGAGCAGUACCUCAAGACUGGGUGCAAGCUUGACUCUGCUGCUAUUUUAAUAUUGAAACUAAUGCGACAGAAGUUAAUUACUUCUAUUAUUGUAAAGUGUAGUUUUGCAAAAUGUAUGUUUAAGUUUCUGAAAAUAAUUUGUAAAUGCGGAUCCUUUUGUACAGAAAUGCUUUAUUUGACUUUCAUACAUUUUAAAGAAACUUUAUAAACAUUAAAGAAUGUCAAUGUACACUAUUUUAAAUGAUUUGAAUUAAAAUGUUUAUUUAAAGCUACAA